UCCAUGAAACUUUUUCUUCACCACACUUCUUCGAGCAUGAGAUCACACAACGUAUUUGUGUGCGAGGUGGAAACGCUGGCAGAUGGAGUGUCUCAAAAGAAAUCCCAUCGUGCAGCAAUUUAGUGUUGGUUUAGCGACUGUUGGAGUGACUUUGUGGCCACAAAGUGUUGUACAAUUCGUGGGAAGAUUCCAUGAGAAAAUUGCUCACUGAGGGCGUAACUACGUGCAAAAUGUGAUCCCAACUUGGGAAAAUCCACACAGUGAAAAACAAGUUGUAGUUGUUGAUAAAAAAGCUCCAGAGAUCUCCGGAAAAACUUACGGGAAAAAGUGUAAUCUCCGUGAUCACUUGAAAGGAAUUAUGUGCUGACGAUUAGUCAGUGGGAAAAAUUCAUAAAGAGUGGUUCUGGUGUUGUUUCGCUUUUUUUUUAGUCAGCAUACAACGCUGCUGAAACCGGAAAAUGAACAUUUCAUGGUUUUCGGUGAAAGAGUUUUGGGUGUUUCAGUGUAGCAGCACACCUUGAAUGGAAAUUUGAAAUUUACAAAAAAAAAAAUCUCUUGCAGUGUUGGAGAUAUAGAGUGGAUGUGCAGUGGCUCAUCUGAGAGCAUAUAGCAAGCGCUGUGUCUCUUGCCCAUAGGAGAGUGUAUUUUAACAAUAAGAACAUAACAAAAGGUGAAAAAGAGAAAUCGACUAACGGUGAACGGAAAGCCAGACAUCGCAUUGUAUGAAUAACAAACCGCCGCGGUGUUAGCGCCAAUGUCACCUGACGGUCUCAGUCUCCCUAGAGUCGUGGGUCCUCCCAUGGAUCACUUUCAGCCACCCAUUUAGCCCAUACAGUCAGUGUGUACGCAACAGUUGUGUGUGCUUCUGCUACAGUGCUCAAGAAGUGACGUAGUGACCAAUAAAUCGUACAAGAAAAGAGAAAAAAAAAACUCUUAAGAAGUGCUUUGGCAGAAUGUGUGCAAGAAAUCAUGCAAAAAGCAAAUAUGCAAGAACCCAUUGGAUCUCAAUCAGAUAGUCCCAAGAGGCGCCCUAUGAUGGCAGCUAAUAUAAGGAUCCCCCUGGUCAUCCUCCUCAUCCUGAUCGCAUUCACAAAACCAGGACAAUGUCAGCUCAAUUCACCCCCAAUUAUGACGGUGGACAGAAACUGGCGGAUUUUCGACACCCACGAGGUUGGCUCGUUUGUAACACAAGUCCACGCUCUGGAUGAUGAAAAUGAUCCACUUGAAUUCGGACUGGAGCCGUGGAAUGGGAAUUUUGGCAGUAGCGGUGGUCACGAGGAACGCAUGCCGUUCCGCAUUGAUCCCCAAACAGGGAUUGUGUAUCUCAAUGAGAGCCUAGCCGGAUGGGCUGGGCAGAAUUUCUUCAUCUACGUCACCGUGUCCGAUGGGCAAUUGACAGCGAAGAAUGAGGUGUACGUGAAUAUUCUCAGUAAGAAUAACUCCAAGGGGAGUGACCUGUACAAUCCCCGACCACCGGGAUUUACACCCAGUGCCAAGAACAUCUCCAGCCUCUUCCCACCGUUUCACUCAUUGCCCGGCGUACCGAAUUCCGCGAAGCUCCCAGCCGUCCCGAAUGGGUAUGCGUAUGUCAAUGAGCCAAAUUUCAGCCCUACUGGACCACCAACGGAUGGGAAGCCCUCAACGGGAGGUGGUGGUGGUAGCACGGGGCAUAAGACGGUGCUUAGGCCCAUUGAUGGCACCACGAAGAAUCUCACUCAGUACCAUGUGAUAACCGACGAUGCGGAAAAAUCCGCCAAUGGGGAGGGUGCAGCAGGUGGCACUGAGGGUGUCCCUGUUGGUACAGUCAUCCCCAUUGUUCUAACAGUUGGCGGGAUUUUCCUCGUGGCGGCAAUUGUGGCGCUCCUAGUCUUCCGAAAGCACGUCUGCGCCAUCGGGAAGUCGCUGAAGAAGAAGAGCAAAGAGGAGAUGGCAAAGAAGUCAAACCAAAGCAAUGUGAGCAGCACCCUCACUGAGGACAGUCGCAACUCAAUGGUCCUACACCACUGGAAUGGACCACUGGCCUUCAAUAAUCGCUACGUACCCUGGGAAAGGGAGAAUCAACACCCACAGGCUACGUCGCAGCUUAGCAACCUAUCCCAGGAGUCUGAGUUCACCAAAGACCCAUGGGAUUUCCCACGGCAUCGCCUCAAGUUUUUCAACAUUAUCGGGGAGGGAGCUUUUGGGCAGGUAUGGCGCUGCGAAGCUGCCCACAUUGACGGCAAGGAUGGCCUUACGACAGUUGCCGUGAAGACCCUCAAGGAAAAUGCCACGGAGGUGGAGAAACAUGAUCUCCUCUCAGAGUUGACGGUAAUGAAGAGUCUGGAGCCCCAUAUUAAUGUUGUAAGACUGCUGGGUUGUUGCACGGAGAAAGAGCCAAUCUUUGUGAUCUUAGAAUAUGUGAACAAAGGAAAAUUACAAACGUACCUGAGGAAUUCUCGAGCGGAAAAGCACUACGGCAAUACACACGGCAAGUCCAACAUUCUCACAUCGGGUGAUCUCACGUCCUUCAUGUAUCAAGUGGCAAGAGGGAUGGAUUUUCUGUCCUCGAGAGGGAUUAUCCAUCGUGACUUGGCGGCAAGGAAUAUUCUCAUCACUGACGAGCAUACUUGCAAAGUGGCGGAUUUUGGCUUUGCCAGGGAUGUGGUGACGUCAAAGAUCUACGAACGCAAGAGCGAAGGAAAAUUGCCCAUUAGAUGGAUGGCCAUUGAGUCACUCUACGACAAUAUCUUCUCCGUCAAAUCCGAUAUAUGGAGCUUUGGGAUACUCAUGUGGGAAAUUGUGACCCUGGGUUCAACCCCCUACCCUGGAAUUGCAGCUGCGGAAGUAAUGCGGCAGGUACGAGACGGAUAUCGCCUGGAGAAGCCAGAGCACUGCCGUCGUGAGCUUUACAAUAUCAUGUACUACUGCUGGGCAAAAGAUGCCAAUGAGCGACCCGGCUUUUCCGAAUUAGUCGUCCUCCUCGAUAAGCUGCUUCUCACCGAGACGGACUACAUCGAAUUGGAGCGCUUCCCCGACCACAACUACUACAACAUGCUGAGUCUGAGUGGCGAAAAACUCUAAUUGACCAUCUUCAUGUUCCAAGCAUUCACUUUAUGUGUUUUUCCUCCUUUGAUGGCACAAAAAAAGGGAGCAUAAACACCAAAUUAAUUGCGAAUUUGUGUCUCUCUGUCGACGGACUUACAAGAGGGAAGACUCAUGUUGUAUCGCAUCAUACGAUCUUAUAGCAAAUUCUAUGUUUUUGCUGCAUUGUAAUUUAUUCAGUGUGUAAAAAAUUAUGUACAUUGCUGUAUAAAAUUUUCAUGAAAAAAAUACUCUCGUGUAUUUGAGGCGUUUUUAUGGGGCGGUAGGAAAGUAAGAUGCGGAGAGAAGGCCUC